AUGGAGGACCCGCAGAAGCAUCUGCAGCAGCUGUCGGACGAGUAUCAGAAGCUACAGACUGAGCUUGAGAAUAAUGUCGAGGCGCGCCAGAAGCUUGAGUCACAGCUGCAAGAGAACAAAGGAGUGCAGAAGGAAUUCGCCAAUCUCGAGGAGGAUGCGAACAUCUACAAGCUGGUCGGACCCGUCCUGCUGAAGCAAGAUAAGACCGAAGCCGUCAUGGCUGUAGACGGCCGUCUAGAAUUUAUUGAGAAAGAGAUGUAUGGGAUUUAUCGGCUGACAACACCUUUUUUUUUGAUUGGUAGUAAACGGAUCGAGUCGCAAAUCUCAGAAAUCCAGAGCAAGAGUGAAAAGAAGCGGGCAGAGAUUGUGCAAUUUCAAACCAAAUUACAGCAGCAAGCCGCAGCGGCGACUGCUUCUGCAUCAUCUUGA